UUUUUUUUUUUUUUUUCGUCCAGCUCGACGCUCCAAGCUCUCGCCCAUUGCUAUUUCUCGUUGCGACCUCGGCUCCCCUUGCCUUUUUCACAAAAAGAAGCAGCACCGAGUUCACCAUGGGUAAAAUCGAGUGGUGUAUGUGGGCCAACCAGCAGGCGCUGGCCUCAGCAACGAUCAUGUUCAUUUGCGGAGUCAUUUCUACGUACUACCCCAAGAAGGAGUAUGGAUACUAUGCCAUCGCUGCAUCGGUCGCAAUCACGCUGCUCGAGUACCCUCGUGGCAAGCGUCAACGAGGCACCACCCCCGAGCGCCCUUACCAACAAUAUCUUGCCAAAGCAAUCACUGCCAUGCGGUUUGUCGGUCGCAAUUACUACGUUCGCUUUGCUCUUUACGUUGGCUUGUCCAUCCCGUGUUUCUUCCAGAUGCCCACCGUGUUGUGCGGCGCGUACCUCGACAUCACUGCGCUGGUGUAUCUGCGGGCAGGUCUCGCCGGCGAGCAGUGGGUCGACCCUCGCAGCACCGUCAAGCCAAAGGACAAGAAGGAAAAAGAGGCUGUGCAGCGUCCAAAGGAGAGCCUGCCCAUGACAGAAAUCCCGGCCGCCCCAAACCGGUUGCCCCCGAAGCCCAACAAGCCCCCACCGAUGCCCAACAAGCCACCGCGCGACGUCAAUGCCUAAAAGCGCACACACAUUUGUUCCAAGUUUUUUGUGUUGGGUCGAUGGCCCAGUAUUUCGAAACUUGUCUUGAUUGUGUGCGAAAACGUGUUCAUCGUUGUGAAUAGAAUGCACCGUUUCCGUCUCUGAAUGGUUUCGUUGUGUUAUCCAAGCUCACGACGCAAAGAAAAGCC